AUGACCGUUCUUCCCUCCGAUAAGUUCGCGACGCUCGCGAUCCACGCCGGCGCGCACACCGAUGUGCACGGGUCCGUGAUCGAGCCCAUCUCGCUGUCCACCACAUUCAAGCAGAGCGCGCCCGCGCAGCCCAUCGGCGCGUACGAGUACUCGCGCUCGCAGAACCCCAACCGUGCCAACCUCGAGGCCGCCGUCGCCGCGCUCGAGCGCGCGCAGUUCGGGCUCGCCUUCUCGUCCGGUUCCGCGACCACUGCCGUGGUGCUGCAGUCGCUGCCCACCGACUCGCACGCGAUCUCCAUCGGCGACGUCUACGGUGGCACCCACCGCUACUUCACGCAGGUGGCGCACGCGCACGGCGUGCAGACCUCGUUCACCAACGACCUGGAGCGCGACCUGCCCCAGCUGGUGCGCCCCAACACCCGCCUGGUGUGGCUCGAGUCGCCCACCAACCCUACCCUCAAGGUCACCGACAUCCGCCGCGUCGCGGACGCCGCGCACGCGGCCAACCCGGACAUUCUGGUCGUCGUCGACAACACCUUCCUGUCGCCUUACAUCUCUAACCCACUGACCCACGGCGCGGACAUCGUCGUGCACUCCGCGACCAAGUACAUCAACGGCCACUCGGACGUCGUCCUGGGUGUGCUCGCCACCAACAACGAGCCUCUCUACGAGCGCCUGCGCUUCCUGCAGAACGCCAUCGGCGCCGUGCCUUCGCCUUUUGACAGCUGGCUGACGCACCGUGGGCUCAAGACCCUGCACCUGCGUGUGCGCGCCGCCGCGCAGUCCGCGCAGCGCAUCGCCAAGUUCCUCGAGGCCAGCGACCGCGUCGAGCACGUCAACUACCCCGGCUUGUCCUCGCACCCUGCCUACGCCGUGGUCCAGAAGCAGCACCGCGACGCGCUGGGUGGCGGUAUGAUCUCGUUCCGCAUCAAGGGCGGUGCUGGGGCCGCCGCGCGCUUCACGUCCACGACACGCCUGUUCACGCUGGCGGAGUCGCUGGGCGGGAUCGAGUCGCUGGUCGAGGUCCCCGCGGUGAUGACGCACGGUGGUAUCCCACGCGAGCAGCGUGAGGCUAGCGGUGUGUUCGACAACUUGAUCAGACUGUCUGUGGGUAUCGAGGACAUCGACGAUCUACUGGAGGACGUGCGCCAGGCGCUGGAGAAGGCUGGCGCUCAGUGA